GUGUGUGUGUGUGUGUGUGCGCACAAAGAGGUUUGCGAGGCUUAAUAGCUGUUGAGAGGUUUAGCCAUGAACUGACCACUAACACACACAGGGAAGUUCACUUCCAGCAUUUAUGAGAUGAGCGUGUUUAAUAUCCCGUGCUGGUGAGCAUGGAAUUUACGUUGUGUUCUUUUACACUUUGUUCUGAGCAGUUACUGUAGAUUUGCUGAACUUGCUGCUACAAAAGACAGAUGACAAGGUGACAAGGAAAUGUGACAUUCUGAAGGAGAUAUAUCAUCUUGGUUCAGGUGCCAUCACUGUGAUGAUUCUCCCUGUGGAGGCUUUGUUGGUGCUCCUGUUGCUCUCUGGACCAAAGUCCUCUCUCCAGGGAGACACUCAGGAAAUUGGGAACAGUGAUGAGAUCCUGGAGAAAGAGUUUAUUUAUGCGGCAAAACGGCAAAAACGUGCAGUGGUCGACCACAGUGCUUCCCAAACAGAUAAAUGUUCUUACACAUUUAUUGUCCCUCAGCAGAAAUAUAACGGGCCCAUCUGUGUGAACUCCAAGGAACCCGAGGCCCUGCUGGAGAACCGGGUCAAUAAGCAGGAGCUGGAGCUGCUCAACAGUGAGCUGCAGAAGCAGCGACAGCAGAUCGAAGCGCUGCAGCAGUUGGUAGAGGUAGAUGGGGGUCUGGUCAAUGAAGUCAAGUUACUGCGCAAAGAGAGCCGCAACAUGAACUCCCGAGUUACACAGCUCUACAUGCAGCUGCUGCAUGAGAUCAUUCGCAAACGAGACAAUGCUCUGGAGGUCUCACAGCUGGAGACCCGUGUGCUCAACCACACAAACGAGAUGGGGAGGCUAGCUGCACGCUACAGCGACCUGGAACAUAAGUACCGGCAUCUGUCAGCCCUAGCAAGCAACCAGAGUGCCCUCAUGGUGCAGCUGGAGGAGAAGUGUAAGAGGGGACACUUGUACGGUGUGGUGCAGGAGCGGAGCCGUCCUGUCCGCCCACAGCCCCCUGUGAUCGCUCAGCCUCCCCUGCAGAUGCCUGCACUGUCUCCUGGAGGCUACAGACCCUACCAUCCACCUACCCACAACCGCCACACCAACAACCCCAUGACUAAUGAGAUACAGAGUGACCAGAACUCCAAAGCAUUACCACCUCCACUGCCCACAAUGCCCAGUGCUACAUACAGCUUUACAAACGAGCCCUCUGGUCCUUUCAAAGACUGUCUAGGGGCCCUGGAGGGCGGAUACACCACUAGCGGCAUGUACCUCCUGAAACCAGACAACGGCAACCGACUCAUGCAGGUUUGGUGUGACCAGAGGCAUGACCCUGGUGGGUGGACUGUCAUUCAGAGGCGUCAGGAUGGCUCGGUCAACUUCUUUAGGAACUGGGAGACGUACAAGCAAGGGUUUGGAAACAUUGAUGGUGAAUACUGGUUAGGCCUAGAGAACAUCUACUGGCUGACCAACCAGGGCACCUACAAGCUGCUGGUGACCCUGGAAGACUGGACAGGACGCAAGACCUUUGCUGAGUACGCUAGCUUCCGUGUCGAAUCUGAGGAUGACUUCUACAGGCUGAGAGUGGGCCGAUACCAUGGCAAUGCUGGAGACUCUCUCACCUGGCACAAUGGCAAGCAGUUUACCACACUAGACAAAGACCAUGAUGUCUACACAGGUAACUGUGCCCACUACCAGAAGGGAGGAUGGUGGUAUAAUGCCUGUGCUCACUCCAACCUAAACGGGGUGUGGUACCGUGGUGGGCAUUACCGCAGCCGUUACCAAGACGGCGUCUACUGGGCCGAGUUUAGAGGAGGAGCUUAUUCUCUGAAGAAAGUGACCAUGAUGAUACGACCCAGUGCAAACACCUUCCAUUAACACUUCAGUCAUUCCAAACUCAACAAAUAUUACCGGAAAAACAUUUCCACCAAAGGGAUUCCAUUUCUCUUUAAUCUGAACUUUUCUGUUGGUUCUCUAUUCCCAAUGUAGCUUCUUUUUUUUAUUUCAUAAAACAAGAUUGCACUCAAAAUCAACAAAAGCACACACAAACAUACAUUAAGUGGAUGUAAUCUCUGUCUCCUGCUCCAUGGGGGCUUCUGUUGAUUUGUUAAUUUUGUUGAUAUACAACAAGAAACUUCAAUAAAUACAACACAAAAUGUGCAAUAGAAUUUAUUUGUUAUGUAAAAAAUAAAAUCCACAUUGCAUCCACUUAUGGUGCAAAAACAGUCCCUUUGAGAUGAUCUUCCCCCCUGAUCAACCAUUGGUGGGACCUCGGUUUUUGAAAAAUGAUUGUUUUGGUACUGAAGAUUAAAACUUUCAAAUAUAGACAAUUUAUAACAAUAAAAUGUGCAAAUACAAUUUAGUUGCAGGUUUUCCAGGUAAAAGCAGCUACAGUGCAUAAAAUAAACAGUACAACUUAGUUAUUCCCUCUACCUAAGGUUUACAGGUCUGUUUAAAAUAUCACUGUAUUAGUGUGCAGAUACAGUAUGUACCAAGUACUCUGUGUAUAUAUAUGUUGUUUCAUUAAGAUUAUUUUUAUUGUCUUGUAAUGGAUCAACGUGGAUGCUGAGGCUGAUUGGUUCAAGGUAAACGGACUGUAUUUGUGCAAGGUGCCAAUCCCAAACACACAUUCUCACACACCAAUGCACAGGCUUUGGGAGCAAUGUAGGGUUCAGUAACUUGCCCAAGGACAUUUGAGCAAGACACUGAGCCAGAGUCGCUAUGUAGAUUUUAUAUGUUUUAAUGAUAAAAUAAUUAACAACAAACAAACUCCGUAAGGACUCAGAGGACGCUAAUACAAGUUAAGUAAUAGGGAGACAAUAUCAAACACUCACUAACACACACACCCUAAGGAUGAUUUCUGGACUUCAUCAAUAACCCAUACCAGCAAUAAGGGACAAAAGAAUUGAUUCUGCAAUCCAAAAUCGACCUACAUUAAUGGUUAUGUUUAAUUAACAAUAUAGAAAGAAAGUUUGAUUUUAACAUGCUGAUUUUGACACAGGAACAAUAAAAACUGAAUCAAAAGGAAUGGUACACAGAUCCACCAGUCCAUAAAAGAUUUUUUAUUUUUUUUUAAGUUGGAGCUGCCCUUCUCUCCUCAUCCCUCUCAGGGGGACAGAAAUACUGACAUGUACUCAUUUAAUUUUAUUAUUUCAGUUGUAUUAUAGGUAUAUGUAUGCAUAUAUAGACAUAUGUACAGUACAAGUAUGUGUGUUGCAAAAAUAUCAGAUGUGAGCCUGUGUAAAACUGUUUCACUGGAUAUGUGAGGUGUCUGAUAUCUUUCAGCAACUGAGUAGGCCAAUGUUUUAAACAUUGGAGAAUUAAACUAUUAAUUCUUUAGAAAGAUAUUCGAGCAAGAAGUAAGCAUGGAACAGUGUAGGUAGGAGUGGUAAAGUUUUGAGCCAAUGACGUCAGACACCCCUGGACUACAAAGCGAGAGGUAGCCAAGCACCCUUUCCUCUUCUGUGUGUGCCUCCAAGUCGCCACAUAGACAAUGCCCGAACAUGCCGGACCUCCUGGGAGUUCAAGAGAGAAAUGGAACAGCUGGCCAAGCUGCAAAAUGGGACCGAGAAUGUCCAGGCCACCCACACAGGAAACUCCACUGUGCCCCCCUCCUCCCUUCCAGCUAGAGAUAACUAAAAUAAAUCGAGCGUUAGGUCAGGAGUAGGCUCUCCCUUCAAUAUAAUCAUGAUGAAUGAAAUCAUAUCAUGUAUUUCACUCUGCCUCCAAAUAACCAUGAAUGGUGCAUUAGUGAUUUCACUUGUCAAUAUUAAACUCACUCUUGUGUUUCCACAAAUGAAUACAUCCUGCCAAGUUAAUAAAUGACUGCGCUAUUAAGUACAAUAUGGUCCUGAUUCAGACAUUAAUUGUUCAUCGCUGUAUUCAUAACAUUUAAUCAUGGUUGCAUUUAUCCAUUCAUCUGUGCCUUAGCUGUCUGAGUAAUAAAUGUUUUACAUCCAAAGUGCUUGCCCUUUGUUUUCUGUAACUUACUUUCACUCAC